AUGGCGCUCUUACCCUCUUCUUGUGGGCCAAGUGCAGCGAUGAACUUGCGUGCUUUGAAAACCUAUGUUAGCUUCUCACACAAGAGAUCUCUUACUUGUAAAAGAAGCAAGAUCGUUGCAGGCAAUCACAAUCAAGAGAAUAAGGCAACGGCUAGCGAUUCUGCUUUAGUCGCGACCGAGCCACUAACCGAAGAAGAUCUCAUUGCCUAUUUUGCCUCUGGAUGCAAACCCAAGGAAAUGUGGAGAAUAGGUACUGAACACGAGAAAUUUGGUUUUGAGGUGAAGACUUUGCGACCUGUGAAAUAUGAACAGAUAACUGCACUUCUUAAUGGUAUUGCUAAGAAAUUUGAUUGGGAUAAGGUGAUGGAGAAUGGAAGAGUCAUUGGUCUGAAACAGGGAAGGCAAAGCAUAUCAUUAGAACCAGGAGGCCAACUAGAGCUAAGUGGAGCACCUCUAGAGACAUUGCACCAAACUUCUGAUGAGCUUCAUUCACAUCUGUACCAGGUCAAAAAUGUUGCUGAGGAGUUGGGAAUCGGUUUCCUAGGAAUUGGCUUUGAACCCAAAUCUAGCCUCGAGGAUGUAACCACUGUGCCCAAGAAAAGAUAUGAGUUCUUGAUAGAUCGCUUAGUGAGAGGUGGCUUAAGGCCUGACGUGUGUCUGAGAACCUGUUCUGUUCAGGUCAAUCUAGACUACAGUUCAGAAACCGAUAUGAUUAGGAAGUUCCGCGCUAGUCUAGCUUUACAACCUAUUGCGACUGCUCUGUUUGCGAAUUCCCCUUUCAAUAAUGAAAAGCCAAAUGAGCUUCUAAGCAUGAGGAGCCAUGUAUGGACAGGUAUAGAUAAGAACCGUACAGGAAUGAUACCUUUUGUGUUCGAUAACUCAUUCGGGUUUGAACGGUAUGUCGAAUACGUACUUGACCUUCCAAUGUGCUUCCUAUACCGUAACAAAAGAUAUCUCGAUUGUCGAGGAAUGACAUUUCGGGACUUCUUGUCCGGGAAAAUUUCCCACCUCUCUAAUGAACAACCCACCAUUAAUGACUGGGAAAACCAUAUGGGAACAAUAUGGCCAGAGGUCCGGUUAAAGAAAUUCUUGGAGAUGAGAGGUGCUGAUGGAGGUCCCUGGAGGAUGUUGUGUGCCCUACCAGCUUUUUGGGUGGGAUUGCUAUACGACGAAGAAUCUCUCCAAACUGUUCUUGAUAUGACAAGUGAUUGGACUACUGAAGAAAGAGAGAUGCUUAGGAAACAAGUUCCAGUCACUGGCUUAAAGACAGUGUUUAGAGAUGGUCUUUUGAAACAUGUCGCAGAAGAUGUCGUAAAGCUAGCAAAUGAUGGUUUGGAGCGUAGAGGGUUCAAGGAAACCGGUUUCUUAAACGCUGUCGCCGAGGUGGCUAGAACCGGUAACGUCCUAAUUUUCCGUGACAAACCAGGGAUUACACCUGCAGAGAAGCUUUUGGAGUUAUACAAUGGAGUUUGGGGACAAAACAUAGAUCCUGUGUUUCAGGAACUUCAGUAUUAA